AUUGAUUUCACGCACUUCCUCCCACUUGAUUUUCUCUCUCUCUCUCUCUGGUUCGAUUCUUCUUCUUCUUCCUCGUAAAGUUUGAAGUAAAUCGAAGCAACAAUGGCGGGUUACAGAGCUGAUGAUGAUUACGACUACCUAUUCAAGGUGGUUCUGAUUGGGGAUUCCGGCGUCGGCAAGUCCAAUUUGCUGUCCAGAUUUACUAAGAACGAGUUCAACCUCGAGUCCAAAUCCACCAUUGGUGUAGAGUUCGCCACCAGGACUUUGAAGGUCGAUAGUAAAGUUAUUAAAGCUCAGAUUUGGGACACUGCUGGCCAAGAAAGGUACCGUGCCAUCACCAGUGCCUACUACCGUGGGGCAGUCGGUGCACUCCUUGUAUAUGAUGUCACUCGUCAUGCAACAUUCGAGAACGUCGAUCGGUGGCUAAAAGAAUUGAAGAACCACACAGAUUCCAACAUCGUUGUGAUGCUUGUUGGAAACAAAUCCGAUCUUCGCCACCUUGUUGCUGUUCCAACCGAAGAUGGAAAGUCGUAUGCUGAGAAGGAAUCACUGUAUUUCAUAGAAACCUCUGCACUAGAAGCAGUCAAUGUCGAGAAAGCAUUCGCUGAGGUCCUAACUCAGAUCUAUCACAUUGUAAGCAAGAAGGCGGUUGAAGGCGGAGAAAAUGGCUCUGCUACCUCUGUCCCUGCCCAGGGGGAGAAAAUAAACAUCAAAGACGAAUCGGGUUUAAACAGAAUCAAAUGUUGCUCGAGCUAACUUUGGUAAUCUGCCUAGAUGAUUUUCGAUUUCAUGUAAUGUAAUAUAUUUUUUCCUUGAAGAUGGUUAUGAAGAAAAAGGAAGAUACAUAUAUAUCCCCAAGACGUUCAAUCUUGCUGCAUUACAGAAAGAGGAGUACCUUAGCCACAUGAUUGGUUCGUGGUUGCUGUUGUGUCAUUAUUAGCAUCUUGGUUUCAAGUUUCCAUGGAAAAUGUCCACCAUUUUAGCCUCUACUACCCCUUUGAUCUGUAUAAGCAUUCAUGAUGUCCUAUGAUGAUAAAUGAUGUUGAUGAACUCUCAUAUUCAUUCAUAUGUUGUUCAAGUCAGUUAUGAUGGCUCUUUGAGCUGUGAACCUAUAUUACUUUUUAGCCUAUCUAUUUCGGUAAAAAAUUAUCAUUUUGGUCC